AUGCCAGGGCAGCAGCUCCCCGGCGAGAUACUCUCCUCCGGCUUCAGUGCCCCUCCACCAUGGAGCCCCGGUCCCCUCCAGCCCUUCCACUUCCGCACCAGGAGGGAACCGGUGGACUGGCGGCGUUUCGCGGCCCUGGAUGUAGACCGCGUGGCCCGGGAGAUGGACGUGGCCGUCCUGCAAGAGCACAUAAAUGGUGUCACUUUCUGCGACGUGGAGGCCGAGCGCUGCCCCCACUGCCGAGGUGCGGUGGACCCCGCACUGCUCAAGGUGCUGCGCAUGUCCCAGCUCAGCACCGAGUACCUGCUCCACUGCCAGGACUACCUGAGCGGCCAGCUGCUGGGGCUGGAAGAGCGUCUGCAGGGGAUGGUCUCUAAGGCGGAGUGUGAAGGGAAAGAGCGGGUCCGGCUGGAUGCAGAGCUGCAGUCCGUACGGCAGGAGAGCCGGCGCAGGAAGAAGAUGAUCGCCACGCAGCAGCUCCUGCUCCAGGCUGGCGCCAGUAACUACCACAAAUGUCACUGCUGUGAAAAGUCCUUCAUCAAUUACUCGUAUCUGCAGGCACAUUUGCAGCGGCGCCAUCCAGAGGUUACAGAUGCAGAGAGGCAGAAGAGGAGGCAGGCGGAGCAGAUGGAGGAUGGGAUUGAGGAGCUGAGGGAAAGGCUGAGGCUGACUCAGUCUAAACUGGAGGCGGAGAGAGAGGCAGAGGCCCUGAGGAAGCAGCAGGAGCUGGAGCACCAAAAAAAGAAAGAGGCUAGUGAGAGACAGGAGCUGGAGAGCUGGAAAGAAGAGGAAAGGAGGAAGUUUCAACAGGAGAUCGGAGACCUGAAACGGCUCCUCCUGCAGGAAUUUAAAGACAUAUCCAGCCAGAGUUCUGCCAUCGAAGCAAAACUGCAGGAGCUUCAGGCCAAGCCGGUGUCUGUCUCCAACCUCGGGACACUGCUUGACGAGGACGAGCAGGAGGUCAGGGAGGGGCAAGAGAGAGGCCUGAGGCAAGAGAGAGAGCUGAGGGGGAAGAUUGCACUACAGAAGAGUAAGUGGAAGAGGAGGCUUCAGGAUAUCCAGAGCAGCCACCAGCUAGAGAAGCAGGAACUGCAGAAUGAGAAUGAAAGGCUGAUCAUGGCCUUGUCCUCAGACCAGAAGACAGCUGUGCAGAAAUUGCAGCAGCAGAUUAGCUCCCUCGCAGCUCAGAUGAAGUGCAAGGAAAAGAUCAUUCAAUCGCAGGAGGAGAAGAUCAAGAAAAUGUCAUUGAGACCUGUAGCAGAACUGGAGGAUUCGGGUGACAGGAGGCAGAAGUGGGUGGAUUCCAGCCUGAACUCCAGCCUCAUGCCCGACUUCAGGCCUAUCCUUGAAGGAAAACUGAAGGAUAGGCUUGAGAGCAUGGGGCUCAGAAAGGGGACCAAGGGCAUUUCAAAGCAGACUUUCAGGAGUCUGAGCUCUUUGUUGGCGGGGCAGAGACAGCAAAAGGCUCGGCGGCUCCCAGACCUGCUGGGCCUCAGAGAGAGGCUGACCCAGGAAGUGACCCACAGAGUUUGCCGCCUGCAGAAGAGUCAGCGCACCUGGGUGCCUGCCGCCCGCACAAGCCACAAGGACGGGAGGACUCGUGUCAGUCCUAAGCUACAAAAAAGCCCAAGGGCCAGGAACACUGCAAUGAAAGCCUCUUCCAAAAAGGUGCAAUCUGAGGCUCCGCAGCCAGCCCCAAGGUCCACAAUAGCACUCCAGGUCCCUCGAAACCGUCCACUGAGGAACAGCACUCCUCCCUUCAGCUCAGAGGAAGACUCGGCCAGGGACGCUGCCUACAUCACCAGCCCCAGGAGCAAAUCCACACCCUUGGUCAGGGUGGUCCAGUCAGGGGUCAAGCUGAACCUCACCGCAGACACCAGAGAAGACUGGUCAGACACAGAACCAUCAGAGGGUCCGGGAAGUCCUGUUAGCAACAGAGUGCCAAAGUUGCAAGGUUCUGUGGUCCAAUCUUUGACGAGAAGCCUGGAAAGACAGCUUAGUUCCCCCAGUAUUAAGCCUGCAGGUGGGAAGAGAGUGAUGCCACCGGUGACCGCCUCGUCCCACAGACCCAUCGCAGCGGCACAGGUCAGACUGUCCGAUGAGGACAGCGACCUGGAGCUGUCUUCCAUUGAGGACGUCUCCCCACAGGCAGUGGUUGGCCGUACCCCGGGAGCACGGGGUAGUGCGGAUUCGGCAGGGUCCAAAGGGACUAGUAUGUGGAGCUCAUUGGCCAGCAGGGGAGUGGGGUGGUGA